CCGCUACGAGAGAGCCAGACAGCUGCACAGACAUGGACACUGUCUUCAAAGAGGGGCUGCUCUACCUGCAAGCUGUGAAGUUUGGGAAAAAAACUUGGCGGAAAAUCUGGAUGUCCCUCUACAAACCGAGCUCCACGGGCGUCGGCCGGCUGGAGCUGUACACCGUGGCGGACAACAUCGCCGCCGUGCACGACAACAAGAAAACGGGGAGACCCAAAUCGCAAGCCAGGAAGGUUGUACGUUUAAGCGACUGCCUCAGUGUCACCGCAGCCCCCAAAGAGUCCUGCCCUACAGACUGUGAAGCGUUUUACCUCAACACCACCUCAGCGACUUACACCCUGGCCUCUCCAACGACCCAGGACUUGAUAAACGCGCUGUGUGUCCUCGCAUUCCAGAAGGAUCCUGAAGAUGCAGACAAAGGGGCUUUCGAUAGAGGAAACGGCCUGAUCAUGGAGGACAACGACCUGUAUGCAUCAUGGGAAAGCGGCGAUACGACACAACCGCUGAAUGUCCAUCUCGUGACCGUGCGGACUACAGAGGCGUCGCAGAGGUGUGACUUAUCUGGGGACUACCUGGUCUCACCUGAAGAGGACGCUCUGCUGCUGCUGGACUGCAACACUUUGGACGUGAUCUACCGCUGGCCCUACAAGAUGCUCAGGAAAUACGGACAAGUCGAGGGAGGAUUCAGUAUCGAAGCGGGUCGGCGCUGCGAGUCAGGGGCAGGAAAGUUUGUCUUCUUAUCCAAACACGCGCAGCACAUCUUUCAGAUCAUAUCCCAACAAUGCACCGAAAAGACAUCGACUUCACAGCAGCACAAUAACCACGCCGCUUUUGACCAAUCGUCUGCCCAGUCGCCCGUCACGGCUGACCCAUCCUGCCUCCAAGAUGUAUUUUCUCCUUCCACCGAUGACAAAUCCUCCCAAUACUACUGCUAUCUAAGCGACUGUUUCAGGCAGUUAACUGUGGACCCGGCUCACUGCGGUCUCAGCGGGGAAGAAGGAGGCGAGGACGACUACGGCUGUUCCCCCGACGCCGAAGACUUCAAUUACGCCACAGAGGAGAGGAUUUAUUACAACCUGCCGAGCUCCGUGCGGGGUCAAAUCAAAGACCAACUUCAAGACGAUUCAGACGUCUUGUAUUCAGAGGUGAAGAAAGACCAAGCAUCUUUAUGUCAAGCCACGGUGCAGCCUGCGUACUGCCGUGCCCUGAAACCACGGUACCAUCUGCAGCAACGGAGGAGCGACUCUCCGCUCCCCCUCUGUGCUGCUCAAGGAGAAGUGAUGGAUAAUGUGGAAGAGGAGGAGGGCAUCGUGUCCACCGGCCAAAUUACCCCCUCAGAGGCCUCCGCUAGUUUCAAACAUCGUCUCGCUGAAAUUAUUUCUAAAGACCUGGCAAAGUUCCAGCCCCCAGCCCCCCCAGGAGCCAGUCCCACGUAUCCUCUGUAGAUUAUUAUGUAAACAAGGAGACGGUUUACGUCUGGACACUGGGUCAUGAUGCAGAUUUAGGGUCAGUGUUUGUUUUGAGGCUCCCACAG